AUGCCUGCUAAGCCUAUCCUUCGUCGCUUGGGAAAGAAUGGUCCCUUGGUCCCUGCUCUUGGUCUCGGUCUCAUGGGCGCAUCUCUCACAUUCUAUGGGAACAUGUUAGAGGAUGAGGAGCGAUUCAAACUUUAUGAUCGCGCCCUCGAGCUAGGACAGACUUUCUGGGACACUUCCGACCAAUAUGGUGAUAGCGAGGAGCAUGUUGGGAAAUGGUUCAAGAAGACUGGAAAGCGGGACCAAAUAUUCAUUGCCUCUAAAUACGGGUUCGUCAAGGGAGGUAAGUAUUUGGAGACCGACAGCUCCUAUGAGUAUACCAAACAGGCUUGUGACAGGAGCCUCAAGGCUUUGGGAGUUGACCAGAUUGACCUUUAUUACAUCCAUAGUGUCAACCCGGAGACCCCUAUCGAGGAAACUAUGCGCGCUUUGAAAGAGUUGCAGGAGGAGGGAAAGAUCAAGUACAUCGGCCUCUCUAUGGUCUCCUCAGCAACCCUCCGUCGCGCUGUCAAGAUUUCCCCCGUCGCCGCCGUGCAAACCGAAUACUCGGUCUUGUCCCGCGUUAUCGAGGGACCUGGAGGCACUGACCUGCUCGCCGCAUGCCGAGAACUCGGCGUCGCCGUCGUAGCCGCUACGCCUCUCGGCAGAGGCAUCCUCACGCAAAAUUUCGGAGAAGCUUCGGUCGAAGAAGGCGACGCCCGACCCCAGAUGCUGCCGCAGUUCCAGGCCGAGAACCGCGAGCGCAACGCCAAGGUCGUCGCGCAGUUCACCGCCCUCGCGAAGAAGAAAGGGUGCACUGUGUCGCAGCUCGGGCUAGCGUGGUUGCUCAAGCAGGGCGACGACAUCUUUGCUAUUCCGGGGACUAAGAAGAUCAAAUACCUAGAGCAGAACUGGGACUCGCAGGAUGUGGUGCUGAGCGAUGCUGAGGAGAAGGAGAUUAGAGCGUUCUUCGAUGAGAAUCCCCUUUCUGGGCCCACGAUGCCGGAGCAAUUGGGGCAUUACAGGUUUAGGGAUACGAAGGAGCUCAAUUGA